GGCAGUAUGGUCGUAAGACUAUAGCCAGUCCUCUAAGGACGAAAAAAAAAAUAUUGACAAAUGUCAAAAUAGUGAAGGUGACACCUGUGAGCUGACAAUAUUUUUCUACGAGACGGGAUCGAAGUUUCGUUAAAAUGUCGGUAGCUAAGUUAUUGGCUCUGGAUAAAGUAGCUAAGUUAUUCAACAUAAUCAAACAGAAUGGUGGCAUACGCGCUUCCUUGUAUAAGCUUUACAAGCAAGAGGAGUUGAAAGAUGGCGUCUUAGUAGGUGAGGAUAAGUUUGGCAACAAGUACUAUGAGAAUCCACGCUACUUCUACAGCAGGAACAGAUGGGUGGAGUACUCUGAGAAAGUGCACUUGAACUAUGACGCUAGUCAGGUCCCUGCUGAGUGGUACGGAUGGCUGCACUACAAAACUGAUCUGCCACCACAUCAGGAUCCCAGCCGCCCCCACUACAAAUGGAUGGCAGAAUUCACAGAGAACCUUUCUGGAACUACUGGCCAAUACACUCCAUACAGCACCACCAGGGCUAAGAUCGAGCCAUGGGUCCCGAAACCGAAGACCGGCGCUUAAAAAAAUAAUUUCAUGUAACAACUUGCAAUAAGCAGUAUAACCAAGUUGACAUUUUGGGCAGAAAAUACUGGUUAUAAUGAUAGGGUUGUAUUUGUUUUCAAGAUUAGCAACUUAUAUUUGUACAUUAUUUAAUUGUAAGUAGAAAAUGGAAUAAAUACGCUGAAUA